UUCGCGGGGUUAAUUGCGGGGACCCGCUAGGCUGGUAGCGGCCGAGCCCAGAGGGAUGGAGUCGGUGGCCGAGGGACCCGAGUUCGGGGCCUUCAAGAGACCGGCGCUGCCGCCGGCGGCCCCGCUCCGCGGCAAGGAGGGACCUGAGGAGGAUCAGGAAUCUGAGUCGGAACUAACUGUGACUCAGCUGAAGGCUCUGCGCAAGCAGCAACAGGCAAAGUUAGAGAAGACAAUGUUAGGUGAGGACUCCGAUGAAGAUGAACAAGAAGAAAAGGAAGAGAGAAGAAAUGAGAGUAAUCAGAGUAACAAUAUGAGUUGCUCAUGGGGAAUGGGGGAAGAUGCCGAGGAAGACGAGGUUGAAGAAAAUCCUAUUGCCAUCGAGUUUCAGGAGGAGCAAGAAGCCUUUUAUUUGAAGGACCCUAGGAAGGCACUUCAGGGUUUCUUUGACAGGGAAGGAGAAGAACUAGAGUAUGAAUAUGAUGACCAUGGACACAAUACCUGGCUCUGCAGGGUUAAGUUGCCUGUGGAUGAUGCCUCAGGGAAGCAGCUGGUGGCAGAGGCUAUCCAUUCAGGAAAGAAAAAGGAAGCAAUGAUACAGUGCGCGCUGGAAGCUUGUCGAAUACUGGAUGCUAGAGGUGUGCUGCGGCAAGAGGCAGUAUCCCGGAAAAGGAAAGCAAAGAACUGGGAAGAGGAGGACUUUUAUGACAGUGAUGAUGACACCUUCCUGGACCGAACUGGGGUUGUUGAAAAGAAACGACUGAACAGAAUGAAAAAAGCUGGGAAAAUAGAAGAGAAGCCGGAGACUUUUGAUUCACUGGUUGCAAAGUUAAAUGCAGCUGAAAAAGAACUUUCUGAGAUAACAGAAAAGCUGAAGGUUUCAGGGAAAGCCCAACCCCAGCCGGCUUCUCAGGAUUCCUUGGAUGAGUUCAUGACUGAAAUAAAAUCAGGCUGCUCCUUAGACAGCGUAAUGAGGAAGAAGCUUCAUUUGCGGGCUUUUGAAUUGAGGAAAGAACAGCAGAGAUUGAAAGGGUUAAUCAAGAUUGUUAAACCUGCAGAACUGCCAGAGCUGAAGCCCCAGACUGGGAGUCAUAGUCUGGAACUAGAGAGCAAGCCUAAAAAGCUAACGUUGCCUCUCUUUGGUGCAAUGAAGGGCGGAAGAAAAUUCAAACUGAAAACUGGAAACCUGGGGAAGUUGCCUGUCAGGCGUCCAGAUAUCCCUGAAAGCUUGUUAAAAAUGAAAGAUGAUGGGCCUGAAGUGGAAGAGGAAGAUGAGGAUGAAGAUGAGGAGCAGGAAAUCAAAGCAGCAAACAUUGAGACACAAAAAACAGAGUUGAAAAUGGCAGGAGAAGAAGUAGAACAAGAGACUAGUCUUCCUGCCAGUUCUCCUGGGAUUGGUUUUCAGUCUCAGCCCAUCAGCAAGCAGUUAAAGAUACCAGAGAAUGAAUAUCAGGUGGACCUAUCACAAGAGAAAUCUCAAGCAUCAGAGAGAGCAUGCAAGACAUUUGAAGAGAGCCCCAAGAAAAAGACGAAAGUGAAUGGCCCAAGCAGGCUCCAGCAAGCACUUUCUUCCUCGCAAUACCCAGAAGACGACCCAGACUACUGUGUGUGGAUGCCUCCUGCAGGUCAAAGCGGUGAUGGCAAGACUCAUCUGAAUGAAAAAUAUGGCUAUUAAGCUUCACAGACCUCAGAGCCACUGCCUGGUGCCUAAGGGACCGUGUUACUUUGGACAGCUUCCUGCACAGAGUUGAGUGAGGGUUGAAAGAGUUGAGUUCUUGGAUGUUGUUCCAGAUUGAAUGGCAUCAGCACCAGUUUGGACAGUUAUCUUAAGCAUUGCAUUCGUUCUUUGUUUUUAAAACACUUCUAAGGAUUCCUGAGCCUUGCAUACAAAUUUUUCCACCUCUUCCUUCUGCAGUUGGCCUGGUCGUUGUAUUCAGCGUGAGAAUGUUAGACUUGUAAGGGCUUUAUGUUUAUAAGCUUGAUGAGGUGAGACCAAGCUGGUUUUAUCCAAUAAAAAUGAGAACACAA